CUAUAAAAUAGCAUAUGCAACACAACUUUAAAGCAUCACCAAACACACUAAUUAUUAACUCUCCCAAAAUGCAAUUCUUCAGCUUGGCUUCCAUCUUCCUUUUUCUAUCUUUUCUAUUUUUGCUAAGGAAAUGGAAGAACUUCAAUAGCCAAUCCAAAAAAUUGCCUCCAGGUCCAUGGAAAUUACCUUUAUUUGGAAGUAUGUUUCAUAUGGUUGGUGGACUUCCUCAUCACGUCCUUAGAGAUUUAGCCAAAAAAUAUGGACCACUUAUGCACCUUCAACUUGGUGAAGUUUCUGCAGUUGUUGUUACUUCUCCUGAUAUGGCAAAAGAAGUACUAAAAACUCAUGACAUCGCGUUCGCAUCUAGGCCUAAACUUUUGGCCCCGGAGAUUGUAUGUUACAACAGGUCUGACCUUGCGUUUUGUCCUUAUGGUGAUUACUGGAAACAAAUGCGUAAAAUUUGCUAUUAUGACUUACUAUGUUUUAUAAAGGCUCAUCAUGCAUUCACGUUAUGUUCCGCUCAUGUUAUGCCUCAUGAUGAUUGCCAAGCCAUGUGGUUCGCUCGGUCACAUGCAGUAAGGCACCGAGUGCCGUGUUUCGCCCAGGCCAUGGUUCGGGGCGUGACAUGUAGAUCAGCAUUUGGGAAAGUGUUCAAGGAACAGGACAAAUUUAUACAACUAAUCAAAGAAGUGAUAGGCUUAGCAGGAGGGUUUGAUGUGGCUGACAUUUUCCCAUCAUUGAAGUUCCUCCAUGUGCUUACUGGAACAGGUAAAAUUAUGAAUGCUCACCAUAAGGUAGAUGCAAUUGUUGAGGAUGUCAUCAAUGAGCACAAAAAGAACCUUGCAAUUGGGAAAACCAAUGGUGCAUUAGGAGGUGAAGAUCUAAUUGAUGUCCUUCUAAGACUUAUGAAUGAGGGAGGCCUUCAAUUUCCUAUCACCAACGACAACAUCAAAGCUAUUAUAUUUGACAUGUUUGCUGCCGGAACAGAGACUUCAUCGUCAACACUUGUGUGGGCUAUGGUGCAAAUGAUGAAAAAUCCAACUAUACUAGCGAAAGCUCAAGCAGAAGUAAGAGAAGCAUUCAAAGGAAAAGAAACUUUUGAUGAAAAUGAUGUCGAGGAGUUGAAAUACUUAAAGUUAGUCAUUAAAGAAACUCUGAGACUCAAUCCACCGGUUCCACUUUUGGUCCCAAGAGAAUGUAGGGAAGAGACAGACAUAAACGGCUACACUAUUCCUGUGAAGACAAAAGUUAUGGUUAACGUUUGGGCAUUGGGAAGAGAUCCAAAAUAUUGGGAUGACGCAGAAAGCUUUAAGCCAGAAAGAUUUGAGCAGUGCUCUGUGGACUUUAUUGGUAAUAAUUUUGAAUAUCUUCCCUUUGGUGGUGGAAGGAGGAUUUGUCCCGGGAUAAAUUUUGGUUUAGCUAAUGUUUAUUUGCCGUUGGCUCAAUUGCUAUAUCACUUCGACUGGAAACUCCCUACUGGAAUGGAGCCAAAAGACUUGGACUUGACUGAAUUGGAUGGAAUAACUGCCGCCAGAAAAGAUGACCUUAUCUUGGUUGCGACUCCUUAUCAACCUCUUCAAGAAUGAUUUUCGACAUUUUUUUUUAAAUAAAAAAUUCUACCGCGCCCCGCCAUUGUCCUAUCUUUCUUUUAGUGUUUUUGGUUUUAUCUACAUCCAAUACAUCUAUCUUUUAUCAUGAGGAAUGUAUCAUGAGUACUGUUUCUCGAAUAA